UUGUAUUUCUAUCAAGUGAGCUGUGCUUUCUUCCGUUCAUAAAGUUGAUCGUUCAAAGCACGUGUUGGGAAUUCGACGUGACCGUGAUGUGUUUACCGUCGGAACAAACGAAAAACCUGUCAGUUAACAUGGAUGCUGAAUCUUCCAACAAUGAGGAAGUCACACGCUUGCAGCAGUUGCUGGACGAAAGCACCCAAAAGCUAGAGGAACAUCGUACCGACUACGAACAUAACCUCAAACAGUACUACUCGAUGAAAGCCCAGGAAUCUAUGGUGGAACUGCAAUUCGAAAGUUGGAAGCAACUGUACAGGAAGCAAGAAGUCCAACUUGCCGAUAAAUACAGUCAAAUGCGCGAUGCCAAACUAAGCAUUUGGCGAGAUCGAGAGGAGUUUUGCGAUUUCUCCUCCCAUUUUGCCAAACAUUUCUCAAUGGAUCGUUGUCUGAUUCAGCUGAAACGUGCCGCGAACGCUGAUGACAGUCCGGUUGCGAAGAGUUCGAAAAACUUGGACAUAGUUUAUGACCCAGAUGAGGAUCUACAUUCUUUGAAGAUGGCAGAGAUCGAAGAGGAAAUUGAAAAACUCAAACAGAAGGAAGUCGAACUAAACAACGCAGAACGAGAGUUGAUCCCCGAUGAGGAUACUGUUCGACGAUUGCAGGAGACACUUAAUAAUUCCGUUAGCUGCUUGGAGGACACCGGAGCAGAAAUCAGAACUUUCGAAGGCAGGGAUAAGGAUCCGGUAGGCAUAGUAAGAGACAGCGAAGUGAAAUCUAUUCUAAAAAGACCAUCGUUCUUGACCAAGGAAAUUGAACGGAAAAAGGUUCGAUUUGAAUAG